AUAAUGGAGCGGCCGUCAAAUGUCUUUCGCUAGUCUGAGCGAUAUGCUCAUUGGGUUCGCUUGAGUAAAAUGAAUUUAAUCUAAUAAAAAAGACAAUAGAUCAGUGGUUCAUAACAAUAAAAUAACUAAAAAUAAAAAUACUAAAGAGAGCUCUUACAGUUGUUUAAACUUCAUGCUUUGUUAGUUACUUUAAGCGUAUUAACAUUUGAUAUCCAGCAAUAUUUUGAUCCCGUGUUAUUGUGUUACAAAAACAACCAUAAUACUCAAUAAUAAAAAUAAUUAUAAAUAUUACCAAAAUGUUCAAAGCAUCGCGUCAUUAGAUCAAUCAGUCAUCGAGAGAUAAACGAUGCCGAUGUACAAUGUCAUUACCAGCAAACAUUAUCCAAUGGUGUCAAGAUCUCACGGCCAUUGCAAAUGGGGUGAAACACAUACUAGUAUUUACAACAAUUGUAUAUAAAUAUCAAUAACGAAACGUCGCGGCUCGAUUCGUUUUUAACGCGCGAUACAGACGGACACGCAAAUGUAUUUUUUUAUUUAUAUAUUUGUAUGUGUCGUGUCAACAGCUAACGCGGGGAGCGCGAAUGCGAAACUAAGUUUUUUGCCUUCGUUAGAUACGGUAGUCGGAGGUAUAGGCGAUUUCGCAAGUUUACUGAAUAAUUUCUACGACAUAUUUAGUAUCCUUUCGACGGAAGACUUCACUCAUAUACAGAGCAAUCUAUCUGUGGCCGUAGCAGAGGACGCGUAUUUAAAUAUAUCGCAAUUGGCGAAGAAAUAUGGAUACCCUUUCGAGGAACACACAGUUGUCACUGACGAUGGAUACAUUUUGAACUUCCAUAGAAUUCCUCAUGGCAGGAAUGGGGCGAGAAAUAAUAUAGCCAUAUUCCUAAUGCAUGGGAUAUUGGACUCGUCUGACAGUUGGGUCAUUCAAGGGCCAGAUCGGGCAUUGAGUUACAUUUUAGCUGAUGAAGGGUUCGACGUGUGGAUGGGAAAUGCGAGGGGGAACAAGCACGCUCCUUCGCACAUGUUUUACAACUCAUCGCAGCCAGAGUUCUGGAAAUUCACGUGGGAGGAAAUAGGUAUAUACGACACGCCGAAGAUGAUCGAUUACAUAUUGGACCUCACUGGAAAAUCUAGCUUAUACUACAUCGGCCACUCGCAGGGAACGACCACAUUCUACGUAAUGAACUCUAUGAAACCUCAAUACAAUGAGAAAAUCAAAAUGAUGUUUUCGAUGGCGCCAGUAGCUUGGAUGACGCACGUCAGAUCUCCUUUGAUACGGAUAAUGUCGCCUGGAAUUCACACGCUGAGCUACUAUAUAUCGGAUUUGAAUAUCUACGUUCCCAGCAUGGCGUUUUUUAACAAAAUUUCAGCGUAUGUGUGCAGUAUUUUGAGUAUAAAGUGCAACGAUUUGUUGCAAAUGAUCGUCGGUACUGAUUGGAGGUCUGUGAACGGUACCAUGAUGCCUGUGAUGUUGGGACACAUGUUCAGUGGCUCGUCCACGCUACAAUUUGUGCAUUACGGACAAUUAGUACAAUCGAAGAGAUUUUGCCGAUACGAUUUCGACAGAACACAAAGACGGAUGGAGCAGUGACCUGGU